AUGAAAUUACUUCUCGAGUUAUUAGUAAUUAUUUUCUUGUUUGCAAUAACAUCAGGUUUUCUAUCAUCUUCAUGCAAAAAAUGGUCUAAAAAAUGUCAAUCAAGUACUGUUUGUUGUCCAAUCAAAGGUCAUCGUGUAGUAUGUGCUCCUCAUCAAAAAAUAUGUGGUACAAAAACAUGUUGCAUAACUGAAGUUGAAGCGCAACAGGAAAAACAAGCAUCUAUUUUUCGAAAUCGUCGUCCUAAAUCAAAAUGA